AUGGGCAAAAAGAGGAAAAGACCCAUCAAGGACCGCGGGUCCACGUCCUCGUCUCACACGGGUAUCACCACGUCUCCCCGCCGUUUCAGGCCUCCCCAUGCGCCAAUUCCCCUGGGAACAAAAACAAGCCAUCCCGUUAUCUCGCUGUACUACCGAAAUGUCGUACCCUUGCGGGAGUACCUGCUCCAUAAACUUCCCGUGACCUCCAAGUCGCGUCGGCGCCGCAUCCUGACAUUGGGCUCGCGGGAAGACCAAGGGACCAAUGCACAACUUCAAACGUCUGAGACAUUGGCGGAGCUGCUAGACUCCACACUGGUGGGUGUGCUGAAGGAAUCGUCUCCGACCCUUAAUUACGAACGACAAAAGCAAUACUCCUCUUUUAAUGAGUCUCAAUCGCGGUCAAUUCUCGUCAGCACCGAUACCGGGCCGACUUGUCCCCAAUCGGAGGUGGUUGACUUUGUGAUCUGGAAAAUCUUCAAUCGUAGCAAUGGCUACUCUAAAGAGGCCAAGCAUCUGCUGACGCAUGGCUUCAAACGCAUGUCUAUGCACCAUGCUCAACACACUGGUAUUCCAGGCAUCGUGUCUCAGUUUCCGAAUCAGAAUGUUCAGGUUCUCAAGAAGGGUGCAUGGGCAGAGGUCCUGGGCUUGCUUGGUAGUAAUGGGGAGGAGAUUAUGAUGCAGCUCCUUUUUGAUUGCGGAGUUUUUGCCCCGAUCGACGCUGAAAAUGGCAUCUACUACCAACUUAGCGGUAUCCCACUCUCGGAUCUCGAGCCUUUGAGCGACGCAUCUGCGGAAGCCAACGGCUCUACUGCCACAGCACAAGACUCAAUGCCUACCGCUGGUCAAAGACAUCCCAAAGAGAAAGCUGAAUACAAACAGAGUUCCGAGAUGCUCCAAAGCCCAAACAACAUUGUGUUUAUGCGGCGACGUAUCCUCUAUGGGCGUGUCGAGUCUAAAAAGGGAGUAGCCUCUGGACUAGGACAGAAACAUGUUCUUGGCCGCUUCUCAACGCUUGAUUCGAUGGCGCAAACAGUCCAUGUUAUGAAGUACAUAUUUCCCCGUCAAUUCGGCCUGCUGAAUGUAUUUACGCUGGACUCGGAUCAACGCAAGCAGAUGAAUGACUCGAAUGGUUUCAUGUCUCGUGAGAGUGAGAUAUCUCUUUUGGAAGAACAGAAACGACCACAGGGGCCUCAGACUGGGAGUGAAUCAGCAGAUGCAGGUUGUGGUGGCGUGAAAAGUGUCAAGGUACCUAAGAGGCUUCGUGGAAUUACUAUAGAGCUUGUCCGGAAGCUCCGGAACCGCAACGCACAAUGCUCCUACGGAGAGUUGCUGCGAUACUAUUGUCCAACCGAACAAACCGAACCCAGACUCCUUGGCGCAUCUGUCUCCACAACUGAUGCUAAAAAAAGCGAGCCUAUCUCCUCUCUCGAGUCAAAUUUUGUAACACAGGUGAACUACCCGUCGCCAAGUGAUAGUUCGCAGACCUCAUGUGAUGGCGCGAGAUCAGAGCCGCACAUAGCUGUCGACACAUCUUGUGGAAACGAUGCCGAGAAACCGGUGAUCCGAAAGACUCAAGUCAGUCUAACUGAUCAUGCGACUCCGCCAUCUUCUGUCUCGGCAUUUUGUCGAGCGGUAAUCCAGAAAUUGAUCCCACGGCAGUUUUGGGGGGUUGGUCCAGAUGGUAUUUCGAACUUCAAGCUGGUUCUCAGGCAUGUUGACCGAUUUAUCAAAUUGCGCCGAUUCGAAAGUCUAAGUCUGCACGAAGUCUGCAAAGGUGUCAAGAUAACAAGCAUUCCUUGGCUGGCGCCACCCCAGGUCCAGACUAGUCUGCCAUCUGAGACAAGAUCGAAGAUCGCCCUGUCUGACUUGCACAAACGCACCGAGCUACUCCAUGAAUUCAUGUUUUGGAUUUUCGAUUCACUCCUUAUUCCUCUCAUUCGUUCGCAUUUCUAUGUCACCGAGUCUCAAGUGCACCGAAACCGCCUUUUCUAUUUCCGCCAUGAUGUGUGGCAGCAGUUGACCCAGCAACCUUUCGGUGACUUGAAGGCAAUGAUGUUCGAGGAGCUUGAGUCAGAUCAAGCCCAACGUGUGCUGGCGCGGCGGUCCUUUGGUUUCGGUGCUCUCCGUUUGCUUCCCAAGUCUACAGGCAUCCGGCCCAUCUUGAACCUUCGCAAACGAGAUUUGAAGACACGGUCAUGGGGGAAACGGGAAACGUACCUUGGCAUCAGCAUCAAUUCAAGUAUUACGCCUAUUUAUAACAUGUUGACCUAUGAGCGUGAGCAAGCUCCUGCCAAAUUGGGCUCGUCGAUACUCUCCGUUGCAGAUAUGCACCGCCGAUUGAAGGCGUACAAAGAACAAUUGUCCCAACGACUGCCCUCGGCUUCUAGACCUUGGCAAUCCAAGCUCCCACCGAUGUACUUUGUCAAGGUUGAUAUCAAAGCUUGUUUUGAUACUAUCCCCCAGAAAAAGCUGCUUAAUCUUAUCGAAGAGCUGGUCUCUGAAGAGAGCUACUGCAUCGCAAAGCACACCGAGAUCCACCCGCCCACUUCUACUGCGAAACAAGGAAAGCCCAUACGAAGGUUUCUGAGUCGCGCUACUCCUGCUAUGAAACCGCAACACCUACCAGACUACGUCAAUAGCGAAAGCACGACCCGAAAGGCCAACACCGUUUUUGUUGAGUGUGGUCAAAAAGAAAAUGAUGCUGAUAGUCUUCUGGAACUUCUCAGUGAACAUGUCCAGAACAACCUCGUGAAGAUAGGCAAGAGAUUUUUCCGCCAACGCAACGGCAUUCCUCAAGGCUCCGUGCUAUCAAGCCUCCUUUGCAAUUUCUUCUAUGCCGAGCUUGAGCGAAAGGUACUGAAUUUCAUCAAACCCGAGGAUUCUCUUCUCCUGCGACUCGUGGACGAUUUCCUUCUGGUCACCCCGGAUGUAGCUGUGGCAAUGCAGUUUCUGGAAGUAAUGAUCAGGGGCCAACCAUCGUACGGUGUACAGGUCAAUCCAGCGAAAAGCAUGGCCAAUUUCAGCGCAGCGGUUGACGGGAUUUUACUUCCCAGAUUAGAGGGAAGCACAUUAUUUCCGUAUUGCGGUAGUCUCAUCGACACUCACACGCUGGAAUUUCACCGCGAUCAAGACCGCAUCCUUCAGGGCGGCGAGUCGGCUGCUGCUACUCUCUCCGAUGCCUUGACCGUUGAAGCCGCCCGCCUACCCGGCCGUACCUUUCACCGCAAAAUGCUCUCCUCAUUCCGUCUGCAGCUAUAUUCCAUGUACAUUGAUGACGGACACAAUUCGCGCGCAGUUGUGCUAGCCAACCUCUACUGCAGCUUCAUCACUGCUGCCAUGAGGAUGUACCGCUAUAUGAAGUCGCUUCGGGGUCGUGCGCAUCCCGGCCCUGCCAUCAUAACACAGACUAUCCGCGAUCUGAUUCGGCAGACGAACCGUUAUAUCCAGGCCCGGCGUGCUGGUAAUUCGGAGUCCCCAUUCUCGUGUUUCGUUCAGCGAUCCCAUUUACAGUAUCUGGCUUCUGCGGCAUUUCGGUUUGUUUUGAAGCGCAAGCAAACACGGUAUGCGGUGGUGCUGCGCUGGCUAGACUCGCUGAGUAAAGAUUCUCGACCCACAUCAGAUUCCGAGGCUUCGAGAAUAGCACAGGUAGUGAAGAAGGGAAAUGCCAUGUUCGAGGAAUGGCGGUUCUAG